AUGUCUACCAGACAAGAAGUCAAAGUCUCUGAGAAGAGACAGAGACUUUCUGCCAGAAUUGAGAAAUUCAAUGGCAGGGGACAAGCUUUUCUUGAAGGUUUGGAGGUAGAUGAAGUUUUCAUUUCCCAGGAUGAUCCAGCAUUCCUUGGGCAAGAAGAAGUGGAAGAUGAAGGAGAGUUCUGGGAAGAUGGUGAGGAGGACUGGGAGGCUGCAGAAGAGGAAGGAGACUUGGCUGCUGAAGUCAUGAGUAAAUGGAUGCCCUCAUCCAUUGGAGCAGCCAAACUGACAGAGCAUGGCCUUCAUGCCCUUCUCAAAGAAGAAAUGGAACUCAGGAUUGGGCAAGCUAAUGAUUGUUUAGAGGGGCUUCAAACUGACCUGGGCAACAAGGCAAUGUUAUAUUGGCAGAAUUUUUAG